UAUACCAAGACAGUGAUGUUAACAGACCAAACUCAGUAAAGAUCAUGUACUAUGUACAGAAAAGCAGUUAAGCCCAGAAUUAAGUGUUUUCCUCCCAUAGAAAACCAUUAUAAAGAAAACACUUAACAUGGUUUAAUGUAGCCUAAGUGAUAUUAAAAGAUCAAAUUCUGCACAAACCAAUCUGUAUAGUAUGCUUUAUUAGUAUGGUGUUUACUAAGAUUGGUUUGUUAAUAACACUGUGUUAGUAAAUUAAGCCACGUUAAGCAUUGUCCCCACAGAGGUUUCCUUUGGUUCUUUUUAUUAUGUUUUCUAACAAAACAAGUACUCAUAUUUUGCUCUUUUUAAGUACACUUGUUUUGUUUAUGUCGUGCUGACAUGUUGCAGCAAAUUAGCAUCGUUCAGAAGCAAAAGUUUUCAUUUAUCAAUUUGUUUAAUUCCGCAAGCUAACGUAACUAUUGAAUAAUCAGAUUAUUCGCACAUUCGAUCCGUGAAAUAUAACCGUUCCUUUCAACCGAUUCUUAUUAAUGAUUCGGUUGAACUUCCCGCGAAACGUUUGUUAAACUCUCUGUAGUAUAUAUGAGGUGUUAUAUUUUAGCAAUAUUGGCAAGAAAUAAUAUGGUUAAUCGAUAUUAUUAUCGCUAAGGACACAAUUGUUAAUGGUCUUUUUUUGUGUGUAAAAUCAUUUUGCUACAAAAAUGAAACGUAAAAUGCCUUGUGAACAAUCUUCACUUUUAUAAAGAAUCUGUGGCAAUGUUAAUUAUAUGUUAUAUAUUUCCAUACAAGUUCCAAAUCACUGUCCAUAUGCUGCACACUUCAUCCAGUAGGUGGUAGAAGUGCACCAUUGCUGUUUUUCAACAGCCAUAAAACGAAGAAGAACACGAUCUGGAGGAGCAGUAAAGAUAAGUGUGUAAUUUUUAAUUUAAUUUGUUGAAUUAAUGUAGUGCGACAUUAAACAAAAAUGCUGUCAGCGCAAUGUUUAUUUUUUUGUCAUACAGGAGUCCUACAUAAUUAAUUAUGGUUGCAUCUUCUAAUCAUGUUUAUUUAAUAUUCUUUUGAUAAAUCAUGUUUAAGCAACACAAAAAUAACCAGCGGUGAACAACUGAGGUAAAUGACGCUGAAAUUAAGAUUUUGAAGUAUGAGUGAGUGAUACGAGCAAACGUCACGAUAGUCUUAAAAAUGUUUGGAAAGAUAUAGGCUUAUAAAUAUAACGAUAUGGAUUUCAUGUCGCGAGAAUCUACCACAAAUGCAAUUGAUGUUUUUAGGUAAUUCACGUAUUGUUUAUCGCUAUCGCUCCGUGUGUCAGCGACUGUUUUGAGCGGGAAAUGUCCCGUAUUCUCGCCGUGAUUAGAACGCUAUUUGAAAAGUUACGAGAAUGUUAGAAUAUAACACAAAAUAACAUUUUUUUAACGUUUAUUUUUAUAUUCCAUUCAGAAAGUAUCAAUAACUUCAUAAGAAAAUUAUGUUCUCAGAACGUUUUCUCUCAACGUUUUGAGAACGUUCAUAAAGUGAAAACAUCAUAAAGACUUUCUAAGAACGUUUCUCUCAACAUUACAUGAUGAACGCAUAUCAAAUAUUAGUAAUGUUGUAAAAACGUUCUAUAAGAACUUUUUAUUUAAACAUUUACAAAACAUACGUGAAAGUUGUGGGAACGUUCCCUGAUAGUAAAAGAUCUUAAGUACAAAAAGUUUAUUUCAAUAUGUUUUUGAAACCGCUCUGACUGAAUCAGUGAGUUGAAAGACUCCUCAGACUGAUUAAAAUAAAUAAAACAAAAACUGAGUUUUUCCCAAACGAUUUAAGAACGGACUCAUUUUAGGGUUAGAUAGAUAGAUAGAUUCUUAAUGUGUGAAUAUAAUUUCAGUAGGUGAUUUGUUUUUGAUUUUGGCAGAUCUGCUCCUCCAAACCAUCAGGAAGAGCUGAAAUCUGCAAAGACAGAGUUUAUUGAAGGACAGUGAGAACAUGAGAGAUCCAGAAGACUGCAGAAUGAAACACACUGAAGAACAAAGAGUCCACUAGGUGGUGACAACGCACUAUUGCCACAAAAGCAAAAGAAGGUAGAGGCGAAGAACGCAACUUCUGUCUGGGUCUGAUCGGUCCAUAGAUGAUCAUCUGGGAUCUGAUGGAUGAGAACAACGAGAAUGAUCAACUGAAUGAAGUGGAGAAGAAACAUCAUCAUGUCAAAACUGGAGAAAAAACAGUUUUCAAGAAGUCUUUCAGCUGCACUCAGUGUGGAAAGAGUUUAACAACCAAAUAUAUCCUCGAGGUUCACAUGAGGAUCCACACUGGAGAGAAACCGUUCACAUGCAGUCAGUGUGGAAAAAGAUUCACAUUCAAACAAAAUCUCCGGGUUCACAUGAGAGUUCAUACUGGAGAGAAGCUGUUCACAUGUGAUUAUUGUGGGAAGAGUUUCAAAUAUGAGGGAAACCUUAAGGACCACACGAGGAUCCACACUGGAGAGAGACCCUAUGCAUGUAUUCACUGCGGAAAGAGUUUCUCUGAUAGGAAAACCUUCAAGAUCCACAUGAGGAUCCACACCGGAGAGCGGCCUUUCGCAUGCCGUCAGUGUGAAAAGAGGUUCACGCAGGCGAAAUAUCUUAAAUCACAUCUGCAUUCUCACUCUGGAGAAAGACUAUUCAGCUGCGAUCAGUGCGGCAAAUCAUUUUUUACAGCAUUAUCCCUUAAGAAGCACCUGAAAGUUCAUUUACAGGAAAAGCCACAUUUGUGUUCUUUGUGUGGAAAGAGUUUCACAGAGCUCGGUUCAUUAAUAGUACACCAGAAAAGACACAGCGGCGUGAAGAAUCACAUAUGCAGCGAGUGCGGGAAGUCAUUUAUCACAAAUAGUGAACUAAAAGUGCACCAGAAUAUCCACACCGGAGAGAAACCGUUCAAGUGUUCACACUGCGACAAGAGAUUCAACCAAUCAGGAAACCUGAAAACUCAUGAGAGGAUCCACACUGGAGAGAAACCGUACACAUGUGAUCAAUGCGGGAAGAGUUUCAGUCAGUUCGCUUCUCUGCUCAGGCAUGGAAACACUAUUGUCUGUAAUAAGUUGUAAGUAGUUCAUCUUGAAUUGCGGAGGUUAAUAACUUCUCACUGGAGUUGUGAGAUUCAGAUCAACUGAAAUGUGGAUAUUCUUUCCAACAGAGCAGCAUUUUGUUCGUUUAAAGGGUUAGUUCAUCCAAAAAUGAAAAUUAUCCCAUGAUUUACUCACCCUCAAGCCAUCCUAGAUGUAUAUGACUACCUUUGUUCAGAUGAACACAAUUGAAGUUAUAUUCCAAGCUGUAUAAUAGAAGUUAAAUGUAACUUAGAUGUCGAAACCCAAAAAAGCACAUCCAUCCAUCAUAAAAGUAAUCCGUACGGCAGGGGUUAAUAAAGGCCUUCUGAAGAGAAGUGAUGUGUUUUUGUAAGAAAAAUAUCCAUAUUUAUAACUUUAUAAACUAUAAUCACGGGCCUCCUGUAACGGCUGUGCGUGAGUGUAGUUCCAGCGAAAGACUGACCUCUGACCCGACGCAUGAGGGUGAGUAAAUUAUGGGAUGAUUUUCAUUUGUGGGUGAACUAACGCUUUAAGUUUGUCUCGUUCAUCAAAGCCAAUUUGAGGAAAAAAUCCUUGAUGAUCCAUGUUUACCAGUGCUGUGAUGUUGGAAGCUGUCUGUGUAAAAAAUUUACCCAAUUUACUUCGAGUGCAUAUUACUGUUUCUACUGUGAACAAUUCAUCCAUGCAUGUUUUAUAACAUUUUUUAUAACAAUAUUUACUGAAAAUGUUCAGUCAUGCACUCAAUGUGGGAAGAGUUUCAACCAACCGAGUCUCGGGAAAAAGCAUCACCUGAUGUUGUCGUAAUAACGAGCUUGUCAUCAUCAAGACCAGCACUUUCCUAAGAGGUUCAUUUGAUAAAAUACCUCUAGUGUUCUUUAUAUGUCACAGUAUAAGUUCGGCUUUUAGUGUGAAUGAAAAUCAGGUCCUUGUGUGUGUGUGUGUGUGUGUGUGUGUGUAUUGUUCAAAAGUUAGGGGUCAGUGAUAUUAAAAUGAUUUCUCAAACAUCAAAUCAUAUUAGAAUGAUUUCUGAAGGAUCACUGGAGUAAUGAUGCUGAAAAAUCUGUUCACAGAAAUAAAUUACAUUUUUCCUUGUAUUGAAAUAGAA